CAAGAGGACGCAGACUCCCUUCGUCAAUUCCCACAUCACACACAUAAUAACAAUGGCCGAGAACGUUCCUACCUUCAAGCUCGUUUUGGUCGGUGACGGUGGUACGGGUAAGACUACCUUCGUCAAGCGUCACUUGACUGGUGAGUUCGAGAAGAAGUAUAUCGCCACCCUCGGUGUUGAGGUCCACCCUAUCCACUUCCACACCAACUUCGGUCAGAUCUGCUUCAACACCUGGGAUACCGCCGGUCAGGAGAAGUUCGGUGGUCUCCGUGACGGUUACUACAUCCAGGGACAGUGCGCCAUCAUCAUGUUCGACGUCACCUCCCGUAUCACCUACAAGAACGUACCAAACUGGCACCGUGACCUCGUCCGUGUCUGCGAGAACAUUCCCAUCGUUCUCUGCGGUAACAAGGUCGACGUCAAGGAGCGCAAGGUCAAGGCCAAGACCAUUACCUUCCACCGCAAGAAGAACCUUCAGUACUACGAUAUCUCCGCCAAGUCUAACUACAACUUCGAGAAGCCUUUCUUGUGGUUGGCGCGUAAGUUGGUCGGAAACCAGUCUUUGGAGUUCGUUGCCUCCCCUGCGCUUGCGCCUCCGGAGGUUCAGGUCGAUGCUGCGCUCGUUGCGCAGUACGAGCAGGAGAUGGCUCAGGCCGCGGCUAUGCCUUUGCCUGAUGAGGAUGAUGCUGACCUCUAA